AAGACGUGGGGCUAAAUUACCUGAGCAUUUGAAGAGAAUGAACCUUGUAAAUCCCUCGAAAUAAGGCAUUAUUCACUCCCACGUCUCUACCGUAAUUUCCCACUUCUUAACUCCAUUGUGCAAGUUUAUAACCCACAAUAAUGUGCUUCAAAUUCCUCCAAGCUCAACACAACACGAUGGAAGAAAACCCAAACGCAUGCAAGAAUCCUAUUGCUGCAGCUAACAUUCCAUCAAAUUCUUCUUCGUCUCACUUCAUUAGCAUCGCCAUGCGCGAUCACUCAAAGCUAAGCAUGAAGAUUCCCAGGUUGAUGGACAAAACCAUGCACAGCAGAAGUCGAAGGACUAAACGUGGAUAUCAGUUUCCGAAGAAAGUUGUGUCAGUCUUCUUCUCCAGCUUGUUUGGAAAGAAGAGAUCACUGGGUACAAAAGACGAAGAUCAUACUGAGUCGGAGAGUUUUUUAGGAAGGAGCGACUCCCAACAUGAGAAAGAGAAGAACGUUACUGCAGAAGGAAACGGUUUGGUUCAUGAGAAUCAGCGAAUUGUAGGUCCGUUAUCUCAGCUUAUUGAACUUGAGCUUGACGAUGCUCUGGAGCCUCACGACGCAGAGGAAGGAAAGCAAGAACACGGAGUUCUUCCAUUAGCAAGUUUUGUUGAUGGAAACAAGAGUCAUAAUGGCGAAGCUGCGGGAGACCGUACAGAUGUUGUGAGCGGUUGGGGACUGUUGAGGAUCAAGGUAAGAUCAUGCCGCCUGGUUAGGGUUGUGUCGAGAAUAGUCACCAUUACGAGUUGGCUGAAAAAGAAAGCAAGGGAGGAGGUUGAAUUGGAAGACGAUGGGAAAAGAGAAGAGGAGGAAGAAGAAGCAUGUCUGUGGAAGAAGAGGAUCCUCAUGGGAGGGAGAUGCAAGCCGCUGUAUUCUUCAGGCGGCUUUCAGUACGAUUCAGAUGGCAUUUUAAUCCCGGAUCUAUUUCUGUGACCCACGCUCUUCUUUGUCAU